AAUUAAUACAAAUUAUUUCCUUUUAUGAAGAAAGGCAUACUAUGAAUUGUUCCCAAAGUUAAAAUCUUUCAAUGUUUUCUGAGCUGUUGUAAGAUAAUGUUGUUUUCCAUUUCUCUGCCUUUCAGAUCGCCUUUAUUUUGCCAUCCUAUGCAGUAGACCAAAGACCACCUCUGGCACACAUUAUUUCUCCAUAGAUGAUGAGCUUGUAUAUGAAAACUUCUAUGCAGAUUUUGGACCGCUUAACCUGGCCCUGCUAUACAGAUACUGCAUGAAGUUAAACAAAAAAAUCAAGUCCUUUUCAUUGACCAAGAAGAAGAUUGUUCAUUACACCUGCGGUGAUGAUAAGAAACAAGCCAAUGCUGCAUUUUUAGUAGGAAGCUUUGCUAUAAUCUAUCUAAACAAGCAGCCUUUAGAGCUGUAUCGGCUUUUGCAAACAGCGAAAACAAACUACCUUCCUUUUAGGGAUGCUUCAUUUGGUACCUGCACUUUUCACUUAACCCUUCUUGACUGCUUUUUUGCUGUGCACAAGGCUUUACAGUAUAACUUCUUUGAUUUCAAAACUUUUGAUGUGGAGGAGUACCAACAUUAUGAGAGAGCUGAAAAUGGUGACUUCAACUGGAUCAUCCCAGAGAAAUUCUUAGCUUUCAGUGGGCCUCAUCAAAAGAGUAAAAUAGAAAGUGGUUACCCACACCAUGCUCCAGAAGCCUAUUUCCCUUACUUCAGGAAACACAAUAUUACUACUAUUAUUCGCCUUAACAAGAAAAUGUAUGAAGCAAAAAGGUUUACUGAUGCCAAUUUUGAACACUACGAUCUCUUCUUUGUUGAUGGAAGUACUCCAAGUGACGCAAUUGUCAGGAAAUUCCUCAACAUAUGUGAGAAUGCCGAAGGAGCAAUAGCGGUACACUGCAAAGCUGGUCUGGGUCGAACUGGCACGUUGAUAGGGUCCUACAUGAUGAAGCAUUACAGGAUGACUGCUGCAGAAACCAUUGCAUGGAUCCGCAUAUGCAGGCCUGGCUCUGUCAUUGGUCCUCAGCAACAGUUUAUGGUUGAGAAGCAGCGCAGCCUAUGGAAUGAAGGGGAUAUUUACCGGAAAAAGUUACAAGAGCAGGAGAAUGGAAACAGAUGCGCAGUCACGUUUAUUCUUUCUGGUGUGGAUGACAUUUCUAUCAGUGAUGAUAAGGGCAAGGCUUGUGGGAAAGAAGAUAUUGGACUGUACAGUGAGGAUGAUGAUGAUGAAUCCAUCCAUGUGACUCAAGGGGACAAGCUUCGUGCCCUAAAGUGUAAACGUCAAACAAGAGUAUCAGGGGCAGCACCUUUAUCUCAUUCCAUUCCAAAGACUAGAACCGUGCUGCGAUAAGAACAAGCCAAGGGCUGCCUUUGCCGAAGUGAACACAACAGACUUAUAAACCAAACUUUAUGUCCUUGGACUUACAGGAUUUGCAGCCUAUAGUCUUUAAUCCCCCAAACUGUCUCGCUCCACCUCACUCGCCAGCAGCAUGAAGGUUACUUGUAUUAUCCAAUGUAGGAAUGGCCAGUAAACUACAACUUCCUAUGGCUGUCAGGAGGAACUGGAAGACAUUGCCCCCCACCCUCCUUUAUCAGAACUCUGCUACUAACACAGCUGUACUGUCUCGGGCACAAGGUAUACAAACUGCAGCAAAGGAAUCCAGGGGGGCACUCUGCAUGGUUUAUAAAUUGUGAUGGCAAUCAUUAUAGUGCUAGGAUGACACUGAGCUCUAGAUUUCUACUGUCUUGGCCGAAAGCAUACACAGGUAACCAGGACUGCUUCAUAGUGUCUGACACAUUUCGUGCCGACUUGUGUUCAUUUCUCUUCUCAUUUCUCUCUUCUCAGUAUUCCUUGUUUAAAAGGAAGCAAUGUAUAUAAUGUGUAAAUAUCUAAUCAUUUUAAUGUUCACUAGACCAAAGUGUUCUUCCUAACGUGCAUUUAUAUUAUGUUGCAAGUUUUUUUUUUUUGUUUUUUUUUUUUUUAAUAAUUAACCUCAGGCGCAUGGGCAUGUUAAUUUGUAGAGAAACUGAAAAAAAAGAUUUGCACAUCUAAAAAAAAAAUUAAUGAAUUGGGAAAAAAAAGUGUAUAUUUUGUGCAAGCCCCUGUGCAAAUAUCAGGAGCCCCACUUGGGGACUUAUGGUAAAGUGGAGGCCAUCUAGAUGACGAACUACAAUUUCCAGCACCUACUGUUGGGAGUUGCUGUUCAGGCACAUCCAGAGGGCCCCUACUUUCCCAUGACUGAAUUAAAGCAUAUUAAGCCCAUGUAAUGUCCUUUUGGAGGGCACCACAAUAAGGGUUGGGUAAUGAACUGAUGAAAGAUGCUGCUAUUGCCAGGUGCAGAGUUGGUCUGCCAACAGUAAUAUGGUCACUUACAGGUUUUCUGUCUUCUCAACCUGUCCCUCCAAACUGUACUUGCUUCUGCAAUGCAUUGUGAUGCCAACUGAAAGGAAGCAGAGGUCAUGUGGGCUCAUGUGCUGCCACAUAAAAUGCUCCUAACGACAAAAGGAGUAGUAAGACUUGCAGACAAGACAUUCGGAAGAUCAGCCUAUCCCUGCUACCCACUUGUAUUUGUGAUCAUGUUAACUUGCUGUGCUUCUGAGUUGGCAUGUUAGCCCCAGACUGUCCAGGCACAGGUUAUGGAAGUUUUUUUUUUUCUACAAAAGAGUCUAGAUAGUAGCACUGCUUGCUCCUCUGGGUUUGGAUGCUCAUUAUAUUUCUGUACAUAAAUUAUAUAUAUAUAUGCCUUCACCAAUAUUGCUCUGCAAUGUGACAUUGCUGGCAAUGCAAAAUGAAUUUAUAUGGCUCCCCAUACUGAACACAUUGAUUAAUGGUAAUCCAUAAUUAUUGUGGCAAGUCGAAGUGCUUAUUUCUUUCUAAAGCUACACUAUAUGUUCAGAGCACACGAGUUUAUAAGUGCAAGUUAGAGAAUAACAGUAGGGAUUAAAAGUGAACUACCCCCACGGGCACAUACCCCAUAGGGCAUAUUGUUGCACUGCAUGUAGUCAUUAGUCCUGUUCAGCCAUAGGUAGAUACGAGAGUCUCUCUCUGAAUUUAGAAAAUUAUAGAUCUUUUUAGAGUUACUUUAAUCUCCUCCAUGGGUCCAAGAAAUUCUUUCAGUGCUGCGGGGAUGAUGGUAACAGAACAUACUGUGGCAUUGGUCUUGCAUUUAAUGACUCAUUAUGAGGAGUUUAAUGCAAUGAAUUUGCAGCAAUUAGAUUAUUCAGCCAUUUUCAGACUUUAAAAUGCUGAUGAUGAAACAGAUUCUGAUUUUGGGUGAUGUGCCCUCUGCCUUGCACUAGAAGCCAAGCAUAAAUACCAGGGCAUGGAUGGCAACCUCUAGCCCUCUGGAAACUAGAGCCAAAAGAGUCUAGGAUUGAUUGAUUAUGAUGAUGAAUUACCAGCCCCACCAUCCUAAGUUUUCACUGUUAUUCAGGAAUCCAGUCCCUGUUUGCCUUUACAUGGCGCUACCUUGGGGGUCUUCUACUUUAUAUUGAAUUGACUUGAAGUAUUUAUGCAUAUAUGCUAUUCUCUAGUUCAGCAAGAUUUAGUUUCUUUAUUUCCCAUUUCAGUUGCAAAGGUUUUUUUUUAUCUCUACUCUCCAAAACAGUGGUGAUUAGGAUGUAAUGGGCCAAGCUUUGUAGCGCUCCAUUUUCUUUGUAUCCAGUUUGUUGAUAAUAAUGGAAUAAUAGGAGGAAAGGUAUCCUUAAAGACAGCCAGUAGAUUUUUUUUUUUUUUUUUUUAUUAUCCAUUUUUAAUUGAGAGACUUCUCUUGCUGCACUUGUGUACUCUCCCAGAAUCCCUUGCUUCCAUGUUCUAGAUUUGCACACAUAUAGUAAAUAGUUGGAGCACUACGGAGGAGGGAAAACUCAGGGAUAAAGGGCAGUGAAGAACUGUUGUACCUGCUAUAAAGGCCUGUAUUACUGGGUAAUUCUGAAUGUUGAAGUGUAGAGCAGUGAGGCCUUUACAGCAAAUGGUUUUUGGUGUGAAGAUUAUGGAAGCCUUUCCGCUCACGCACACCCAUGUUUAGCAUCACUGUGCUCAUGUUACGGUUCUCGUGCCUCUUUCAUGUACAGAAUAUGUUUUAAGAGCUUAUUUAACCCAUAUCCCCAUUUCUUAAUUUUUAGUAUAUUGUAUAUUUGAAAUCCUAUUUUUUAAACUGGA